GGGGCGUCGUUGGGAAUCAGGAACAAUCUACAGCAGCCUAUGAUUGUAUCUGCUAAUGCGCCUGAGCAUAGUGCAUUCCUCUUCUUAUAUCUUUCCACCUAAAAGAAAUGCCAACAUGGGCUCUACAUGUAAGAUCAACGCCGCGAUGAGCAUUUGGAGAAGACUGUCUCUGUUUGUUUUGGCGAGCUCCCUCUGCUUGUGCCUGUGCAGAGCUGAAGACAGUGCGAUGGAGAAUAUCGUGACAGAGAAGAAAGCUGAAGAAAGCCACAGACAAGACAGUGCCGACCUGCUGGUCUUUAUCUUGCUCCUCACCCUGACAAUCUUGACCAUAUGGUUGUUCAAACACCGCCGGUUCAGGUUUCUGCACGAGACGGGGCUGGCUAUGAUAUAUGGGUUGCUUGUGGGUGUUGUCCUGCGUUAUGCUAUUCAUGUUCCCAGUGACAUGAACAAUGUUACACUGAGCUGUAAUGUCAAUGCCAGUCCAGCCACACUGCUGGUGAAUGUCAGUGGUAAGUUCUACGAGUACACACUGAAAGGAGAGAUCAGUGGCAGUGAAGUCAAUGACAUUCAGGACAACGAGAUGCUCCGCAAGGUGACCUUUGACCCAGAGGUCUUCUUCAAUAUUCUCUUGCCUCCUAUCAUAUUUCAUGCUGGAUACAGUUUAAAACGAAGACAUUUCUUCAGGAACUUGGGCUCCAUUCUUGCCUACGCGUUUGUGGGAACUGUGGUGUCUUGUUUAAUCAUUGGGUUGUUUAUGUACGGCUGUGUGACACUGAUGAAGCAAAUUGGCCAUCUGAGUGGCGAUUUCUUCUUCACUGAUUGCCUUUUCUUUGGUGCCAUUGUCUCAGCCACUGACCCAGUGACAGUUCUGGCCAUCUUCAAUGAGCUGCAGGUGGAUGCUGACCUGUACGCUCUGCUGUUUGGAGAAAGUGUUCUGAAUGAUGCCGUCGCUGUCGUACUGUCCUCGUCAAUUGUAGCAUAUCAGCCCGAGGGAGACAACACUCACACGUUUGAAGCCAUGGCCAUGCUGAAGUCCUUUGGCAUCUUCCUGGGGGUCUUCAGUGGCUCUUUUGCUCUUGGAAUGGCAACUGGAGUCGUAACUGCAUUGGUUACUAAGUUCACUAAGCUUAGGGACUUGCCACUGCUGGAGACGGCACUGUUCUUCCUCAUGUCCUGGAGCACAUUCCUACUGGCCGAGGCCUGUGGAUUUACAGGUGUGGUGGCGGUUCUGUUCUGUGGAAUGACACAGGCCCAUUACACCUUUAACAAUCUGUCUCCUGAAUCUCAGGACAGGACAAAACAAUUAUUCGAGCUUCUGAAUUUUCUGGCUGAGAACUUCAUAUUUUCCUACAUGGGCUUGACAUUGUUUACCUUCCAUAACCACGUCUUCAACCCGAUCUUCAUAGUGGGCGCAUUCCUGUCUGUGUUUCUGGGCAGAGCGGCGAACAUCUACCCUCUCUCCUUCCUGCUGAACUUGGGCCGUAGAAACAAGAUCAGCCCCAACUUCCAGCACAUGAUGAUGUUUGCAGGUCUUCGUGGUGCCAUGACCUUUGCCUUGUCAAUCAGGGACACUGCCACGUAUGCACGGCAGAUGAUGUUCUCCACCACGCUGCUGGUGGUCUUCUUCACUGUUUGGAUCUGUGGAGGAGGCACAACUCAGAUGCUGUCCUGCCAGAAAAUCCGUGUUGGAGUGGACACGGAUCAGGAGAACUCUAUCGGCCCUGAUGGAGUGGAGAGGAGGAGCACUAAACAGGAGAGCGCCUGGCUCUUCAGGAUUUGGUACAACUUUGAUCACAAUUAUCUAAAGCCCAUUUUGACGCACAGCGGCCCACCGCUCACUGCCACACUUCCAGCUUGCUGUGGCCCUCUGGCACGCUGCCUCACCAGCCAACAGGCUUAUGAGAACGAGGAGCAGCUGAAGGACAGCGACUCGGACCUGAUCCUGAACGACGGUGACAUCACGCUGACGUACGGUGACAUCACUGUGAGCACAGACGCUACGGGUGCUCACACGAGCGGGACGCCCGUCGGAGGAGUGGCCGUGAACUCUGAUGAGGCUCUGGACCGAGAGCUGGCGUUCGGUGACCACGAGCUGGUGAUCCGAGGCACCCGACUGGUCCUGCCCAUGGAUGAUUCAGAGCCCCCGCUGUCUCUGGACUCCCACCGGCACCGGCACAAGAACGAAACGAUGAGUUGAACAGAACGAGUCUCUUCUCUCUAUCAUGUCUCAUCCAGAGCGAUCUCUCUCAGCACCUCUCCUGUCUCUGAAGUGGCUGGUUUGAUGUCUCUACCUCAUUUGCCACUCUUUCUUUUACAUCAUCACUGAAAUGUAAAUGAUUUAUUCACUUCUCAUCUGCAAAGCUUUUUUCUGUUUACGGCCGCUAAUCAGACCACUUAGCAUCUGACAUCACGGAUCGGAAGCAUGCUCUGGUUUCUCUGAGGUUAUCACGACAACAGAAUAAGCAUACUUUUAUUGUCUGUAUAGCAAGGCGUAAAAUUGCUGUGACCCGGCCUGCAUGCUUAUUUGUGUCCUCUCUUGGCGUGCGAGCGCUUGUUUAGGAGAUGUGAAGAGUCCGUGGCACAUUCCUGUGGGUCUGAUGCUUUUUACUGCCUUCUCUCUUCAGAGGCGUGCUGAUUGGUGGCUCUGCGUUUGCUGUGCAGUUACAAUCAAGUGCCUGUCGAAUGUAGUUUUCCCCCUUAGAGCAAAAUGACACUCUUUGCCGUCCACUAGAGGGAGGCCUUGUAUUUUGAUACGGUUUUGUUCGUCUGAGCUGUGCAGGCGGACGCCAUUCACUCCGAGUAACUUGUGAUUGGCUGUAAAGAUGUGCUUGGAUCUUAUAUUGUGACCUUUGACUGUGAAUCUCUGAAGGUUUUUACGCCUUGUUUUUUGUGUUUUUGUUCUGCUCAGUCAGAAGAUAGCGAGCCAUUCAUACAGUGCAAUUUCUUUUUAGUUGUAACAUUUUUCUAAAAUAACUAAAAGAUAUUAUUAUUUUUUCUUUUUGUCCAUGUCGUUCUAAUCUUUUAUGAACUAAAUGUCAUGUUUAACUACGAAUGUCUAAAAUAACCAUUGGGAUUACAAACCCCCAAAAAAUUUAAUAAAAAUUGCCCAUACUUUUUGUAGUAGGGCCAUCUAAGAUAAUGCAUUGAGCAAUCUGUUUAAAAAAAAAAAAAAAAGAAAAA